ACAGACACGUGUUUUGUAAUACAGGAAGAGUCAGUCCCGUGCGCUGCCGUGGUUUACUUUCUCCUCUGCAGGUCGUGAGCAUCGUGCACCUCCGACACCACCUUCAAACCGCAUUUCUGUUUAUUUUUCUUUGCCCUCUCGGUCGUGGCGCAGUAUUUUCGGUUUUCCGGACAGGUUUGCACAAGUUGUAUGUUGCGCAAUGAGCGUGACACUGACAGAUUGACUUUUGUCGGCUUGAAAAGUAACACUGCAGCUAGCAUCACUGUUUUCUAGCAUAGCCCACUUUUUGACCGAGAGGGUUCCUUCUUCAACAGAGCCUUUUGAAUAUAGAGUUUUUUUUUGCCUUAAUUAUGGCUUUAGUUACAGCUUUUAGAAGAUUGGCGCAGUAUUCACGUAGAUCGGUCGCUGUCCUGUCUUCUCCUGCAGUUUGGCACAGUAAUCCUAGAAGCUUUACCUCCGGCAUACAGCCCCUAAGGGCGGAUAACAAAGUGACGGUGCAUUUUGUAAACAGAGAUGGAGAGAAGGUCACAGUAAAGGGCUCUCCUGGAGACUCUCUGCUCGAUGUGGUCAUAAAUGAAGACCUGGACUUUGAUGGAUUUGGAGCAUGUGAGGGGACACUGGCCUGCUCCACGUGUCACUUAAUCUUUGAUGAGGACAUUUACAAGCAGCUGGGGCCAAUCACAGACGAGGAGAUGGACAUGCUGGACCUGGCAUACGGCCUGACGGACACGUCUCGAUUGGGUUGCCAGAUCUGCCUGACCAAAUCUCUGGAAGGAAUGGUGGCGCGUGUCCCCGAAAGCGUAGCAGACAUCAGACAAAGCAAGGAUGGUUCUGCAUAAAAACUGUGAGCUGUAGUUACAGAUCCGCGCACACAAGGGGGCGCCAUGCUCGGUGUCCAGGGCCCGGGGUAGGUCCAAAUGCUCCUCACCGGUUUCCUGACUUUUGAUACAAUAGAUUUAUUAGUUUUCUACACAAAAUGGCCUAUAAUAGAUGCUAAACUUAAUAUUAUUGGGAAAAGUCUUCUUAUCCAUGUGGAGUUGGGUUUCAUAUUUGCCUUUACAGUCAAUUUCCCAUUUAAGUUAUUAUUUUUUGUGGUCUUAUUGAUACUUUGCUGCUGAUGUCAUCAACUUUCUCUGGGGGGUGAAGCUAACUGGAGACACUGCUGUCUAAAGCUCUGUUUCUCAAGUUACACUUUAUUUUGAGUUUUGUUUUAUCACAAUCUGACCACAAAUAACUGAUUUGGUUGGAAUAAAAACAGAUGAGCUGAUUUGUGUUGUUAAACAAGUCUCUCUCAAAUAACGUUACACGCUAGUUAGCAUUAGCCAACGGUCUGUCAGUUUGAGCCUCAACUUUUUGGUUGAAAAUCAAACACCUAAACUGGACCAUGAAUGCUUGUAUUGAUCACAGGGUGCUGAAACUGUUCAAGAGCGAUCUCAAAACAUCUUUGGCAGUGUUUGCCAAUAUGUGCUGCCUAUGGCAGAAUGUUCAGCAAAGUAUCAUUAACAUUUUUAAGUAGUUAUAUUCAAAUGGAAAACAACAUUAUUAAGACUUGAUGUAGUACUAAGCGAUACGAUAUUCCAAUUAUGUAUUUGGUCCCUAAUUGAAUCACAACUAACGAAUGUUUAACAUAUAUGUCCCUGUAGAAUGAGCUGAAGCUAUAUUUUUGGGCUAAUAUGAAAUUAACUAUCGGUACCAAAAAACUGACUUUUCUGUUAUAGGUGUGGUUAAGUAACAAAUUGGAUAUCGAGUUUAUAGAUGCACUGUGUAACUUUUCUGGAAGAGGAGAUGUUACUACCUUUCCCUAGAAUGUUCCACAGUAUGACUUCUCCACAGAUCUGAGCUAUAACAUGAACCUGCUUGUCUCUAUACAGAUUCAGUAGUUAGGUUCAAUACAAAUGUUCUUGGUGAAGAUGGAAACAUCUCCAUAGAGACAUACCCUCCACCAGAAAAGUUACUUAGUACAUCUUUAAAAUUAAGAAUAACAACAAGGGAAACAAACACUACGUAAACCAUAUUUUAUACAAUAGUUUUAUAUUUAAAUAGAAGCAGGUAUAAACUGAAUGGGGCCUGGACGUGACAACUUGAUUUUAAAAGGAGAAUGUGUUCAAACUGCCGUAUCCACUUAUUUUAUUAUUAUUAUUUGUGUUUUAUUAUUAUUAUUAUUACUACUACUGUUUGUCCGUUUAAUCAAAAGUCCAUUAAACACUGAGCUAAUUUAACCGGGUGAUUGUACAAACACCACUGUUUAACUGUAUAGUGUCAUAAUAAAAAUAUAAUCACUUUCU